GUGAUUGGGCCACCGCGUUGCUGCGUGUCGCUGCCGCGUCCUAUGUUGCGACAUUCAAAAUGGCGGUUAGGAAAUGAUCGAAAUUGCACUAACAUAUCCAUCUACAUAUACAGUACUUCAUGUCACAUCAUUUUCUCACAAAAGCCCAAUACUUCUCGGCGUCCGGCAUUCUUGUAAACAAACCUCGUACGCCAGCGAUUGACUUGCUCGUGAAAUGUUUAUCGGCACGAUUUAUCACUAUUGUAAAACGACGAAUCCGUGAGGUUAGGACGCAAAGUAUUCGUUGCCAAAGUAGCUGCAAUUUUGUCGAGAUGGCUGUAAGGAUUUUGUAUUUGAGUCUGAUGUUGGUAUCGACGAAUUUUUACGUAGCCGCUAACGACGGUGUCACUUCCAAUAUCACUUCCAUUAAAUGCCAAUCCGGCAAACCACUGCGCAAGCAGGUGCCGGCCGAGCCUCUGAAUGGCCUGUGCCUGCGCGAUGCUGCGGUGCAUCUGUCGCGAGCGUUGCGAUCCAUCGUCGACGAGGAGCUUGGCGUGUCUUCCUUCCAGGAAACAAUCGACAAGAUGGAAUUCGCGAACAUCUCUAGCAGUGUAGACACUAGACUAAACCUGUUAGUGGAUAAGUUCAACAAGAAACUUAAAUCGUACGUCGAUGUUCUUGAACAUGGCUACAACGCUGUGCACCUUAUCCUGUCCAAGACGCAGGACAAACCUAUGUGUUCUAGUCAAGUGGCGAGUUUGGACAUCGAGCAGAACUCGGUUUCGGAUAUGUGCACACAGAUUGUAACAGCACUCGCGACAAAUUUAAGGAACCAGGAAUGGAAGAACCUGCACAUAUUGCCAAUAAAUCAACUCGGUACGAUAUGUGGACCACCUACAUUAGCUCACAACGUUGGGCCUCUCUGGUUAUCUCAGUAUUGUUCCGAGAAGAAUGUCGUUCUACUUUUGGAUCAUGGCACGUCCAUGUCCGAGUCUGACCUUAGUUUGGCACAAAUAACGGCGAAAGCUGUCAUAGAUAUGCUGUCUGAAAAGGAUAACGUUGCUGUAGUGGGUCUUUCUAACACUGCUCCCUUGUUUUGUAAAGAUGGCUUGUUGAAGGCAACAGAUAUCAAUAAGUUUCAAUUAGCCCGUUAUAUCGAUGGUCUAAUUAGGACAGAUUUAAAUCAGACGACAAAAGUUGACUUUAAGAGCUUAACGCAAGAUUUAAAGAAUGAAGUAAUUGUCAUACAUUUAACAAAUAAAGUAGAAAAUGUAUCGAACGUGCACGAAAUCUCCGAGAUAAUUUCAAGAAACGUGAAGACUUACCUCAAAACUAUACUGAUUCUUACAGACCAACAAUCACACAACAAUGCAAAGUACUCUUUAAACGAUGACAAUUUCUUAAUUCUUCCAACGCAAAACGUUCUUGGAUACGAGAUAGCAAAACUGUUUUCCUGCUUACAAUGUCCAAAUCAGCACAAAAAGGAGUAUCAUGUAUCGGACCCAUAUUUUGAGCCGUACAGCAAGGCGAUGACGUUAUCCAUUGGUCAGAUCACGAGCACCGCGCUAUCGUUCUUAAACGUGAAAUUGCGCGAUUUCCUCGAUGACAUAACGUACUUUAACGCCGGGCCAGACAUACAUGCCAUAUUCUUUGACAGCAAAGGUAUGGUUUGGAUGCAUAAAGAUUUUCCCAGGCUCGAGACAAUAAUGGAGCAACCACUCAAAGUGCAUUUACACGACAUCGAAAAUAUUGAUAGUCGAGUAGUAACGAGAAUGAUAAAUGAGGCUCAGGGUACCAUGGAUGUAAAGACAAAGUUAGGUGAACAGAAACUGUAUAGAUGGAAGCAUUUAAUUUACGAGGACUUGAUAAUAUGUUUGGUAUCUACGACUGAGGAAGGAAUAUUGCCUGUCGCGAGAAUCGUUCCCUUGCUACCGCUGGAUAUAUUGCAUCAUCGUCUCGAUCUCAUGCUUCAAACUGUCGUCGAUAAAGAUGCGCUUUGCGUUUACAGAAACAGGAUCAUAACUUUAUCAAUGGGAGCAGUUUAUUUAUCACCGUGGUGCUUCCAGUCUCCAAUGGAACAAUUGAAGCUGCUAGAAACCGGCUCGGCCGUAAAUGUGCAGAGCUACAUGGCGUACAUAAAAGAUAUGACGGGUCUUUUAGCUAAUCCUGGACUACAUUCGUCCGUAAAGCCAGACGUGGCGACUCUGGCGCAGGUUUUGAAACAUUUCAAGAAGCAACACGUAGACAGUUCGUUGAAUAAAUUUGUAAUAAGAAGAUACGUCGUCGGUACGGUCAGUGGUGCACUGGAAAUAUUUCCGGGGAUGGUGCUGGAUUCUGGUUUCGAUCCUAAGAGACGAAUGUGGUACGGGAAAGCGCUGGAGCAUCCUGACAAAGUAAUCUUGACCCCGCCUUACUUGGACGCAGCUGGCUCAGGCUACGUAGUCACCUUGAGUCACAUUGUUAGGUAUCCGAAAAGUGAAAACGCAGGUUACGCUGUCGCUGUUCUGUCUAUGGACGUUACCAUGGGUUAUAUCGUGAAACUGCUGCUGGAUAUGUUCUCGUUUUGUAACGACGCGACAGUAAAAUGUUUCUUGAUGGAUGACAAAGGUUACUUGGUAUCUCAUCCGACGUUGCUGGAAGCGACGGGCAAGAUCGAGCAGCAGCAUCUAACGCACAAGGAGCUUCUGGUAGCCAACGAUAUAUUGAAUCACGAAAUGUUCGUGAAAAAGAAAUUAUGCGCUAACCAUCUAGACGGCACUGCGCAAAGAUAUUAUCAAUUUAAUACAUCCCUCGAUGAGGUUCUUACGAAUAUAGCACAUGGCGAGCAUUGCGUUAGGUACCAGGUAGCUGCUGUACCAGGCACCAACGUCUUCCUUGGCGUUAUCAACAUGACGACUCAAUGUAAUUUGCAAUCAGCUUUCUGUCCGUGCAGCACGAUGGAUCAUUCGUGCCUGAACUGCAAGAGCAUGGAACAAACCAGUUGCGAAUGUCCCUGCGAGUGUUCCCUGUAUACUUCCAGCUGCGCGCAGCAGCAGGAUAUCGACAGUCUGAGCUCUUGUCCGCCUCUGUACGAGCAAGGCUCGAGUUUGCAGACGCCGUGGAUACAGCCGGCGAAUCUAAAAACCUGUCCGUCCGUUGAGUGCAAAUCGUACACGACGGAGAGGGACUGUCUGGGCGUCGCGGAUUGUCAGUGGUGCCACAUCGACGCCGACGGAGAGACUCCGCUGCAGCAACCGUUCUGCUCCGACACGUCCGUGUGCUUCAAGGGUAUCUUCGGAUCGGUGAUACCUUACAAUGACGGCACUUACAAUUCGCAGUCAACGGACGAGAUCGCGGUACAGGAGUGGCCCUCGGUCGGACCAGUGGCUGGCGGGAUUCUCGCGUUGGUCUUGAUUCUGGGUGUCGCCCUAUUCUGUUACAGAUUCCGCUCGGUGCAGUCGAGCGUGGAGCACCAGUGCUUGCACCUACAUACUGCGCCCGAUACGUUACGUAUGACGCACAUGGAGAUUGAUCUCGAGCCCAUGGAAUUGGAUCAGACCAAGAAUAAUUUGAACUGUCUCGUGAGGGACAACGUAGCGCCAAUCUCUCCGUAUAGAGUUUCCACCAAUUACAGAAGACCGCCUGGUGGCGACAGCGACCACGGAUACAGCACUAUGACACCUCACGACGAUUCUGAGCAGCAAACCUUUGCCUCCGAGCCCCUGCUGGUCGUUGGCAAUAACGUCGAGCCGGACUUAAACAGACAAUCCAAUGUGGGAGUGCCUUCCCCCACGACGUACCUGGGAUCACCGCAUCACGUUUUAGCGCCAGUGACCGUGCAUCGCGAUAUGGAAACGAAUUACUGUUAGUGAAACUGAAUAAUUACUGCCGUUUGAAAAGGUAAGAGAUGUAUAGUGUUCUCAAAGCGUUAUUACAGAAGUCGCAACUCUUUGCAAAUAUGGCGUAUAUAAAAUUUAAACCGUUUGCAACGUUUAAUACAUGUGACAAAAUGUGUUGUUACUUGCAAUAAUGACGAAGAUAUAUGAAAGACGUAAAUUAUUAAACGAUAAUAAUCGUAUUAUUUUAUUGUGGGACUAUGUAGUUUUUUUAUUAAUAUUGGAUGGCAGUAAGUGUGGAUUUUACAAUACAUAUAGAAUGAUUGUUGAGCUUAUAAAAAUAUUAUUAUAACUUUUAUAAACUGUCGAUACUAAAGCCUUCCGCAAGUGCUCUAUUAAUGUUUGAUAGGGAUGUUUGUUAUGCAAGUUUUAUGUAUGAAAGUUGUGGUUGCUACAUCAAUCACAAGGGACUUAGAUGACUUUGUAAGUAAAUAGUUAUAGUAUUAAUCUAUACAAUUUUAAUUACUCGAGCAAUUUAGAAAUGUAUAAAAGAAUACAUUAUUUUUCUGACUAAUAUUGCAGCUUGCCAAGUAGUAGUACUUUUAUGUAAAGUUAGUUAUCAAUGUCCAGAUAGGUGCUAUAUAUUCGUAAUUAUAUAUAAGAAGACUUAGAUAGAUAAGGAGUAGAUUGUUGUUAUUGUUGAGUAUAGAAAACAAAUGCUAAUAUGAAACAUUAGCUAAUAAUUCUUCUGGACAAUUUUGUUUUACCAUCUGAAACACUGCCAUCACGUUGAAUAAUAAGACAUAAUUUUUAUGAGAAUGUAAGGGAAUACCUAAAAAUUUGUUUCCUUUUGAGAUUUUUUUGCAUGGAGCAUUAUAAGAGACUGCCGAUAAUUUAUACAUGUAUUAUAGCUCCAUGAUUUAUUCUUAAAGAAAUCAGAUUCUCUUUUUUCUUUUUUUUUAUAUAUUUAUACAGCGUACUUAUUAUCAUGAUUUGAACAAAUAACCAGUGCCAAACGAUAAAAUCUUGUAAGUUAUAUGGGAUAAUCCCUAGAAAGCUGUAUAUAUAGGUAUAUGUAGGAGUUACAUUAUUAUAUCUAUUGUUAUCCCAUUGUAUUCAUUAGAUUUUUAUUUAAGUAUUUUGUCUUGAAACGAAACUUUAAGUUUAUUGUGUUGCAUGAAUUAUAGCAUUAAAAAUAUUAUAAGAUAAGAAUAGAAAUUCAAAAUCAAAUUUUCAAUAUCUUCAAUUUUUCAUCAAUGAAAAAGAACAUAAAAUAAUCUUUAUUAAUACGAUGCUGAUGAAUUAUAUUACCGAUACAAAACACGAGUAAUUCAUGAUGAUCUUUUGAAAUAUUCAUAUUUGCUGUAAAACUACAUUAAAACUAAACUACACACAGUUGCGAUAAGCAAAAGGUAUUGUAAAAUAUUAUGGUAGCUGUGGUAGAAGCCUUUACGAAAGUAUUAUUUGAAGUUUUUAUAAUUAAGGUACUUUAUUGACAUAAUACGAUACAUUUGUUUAUACGCACUUCGCGCGAUAUGCACUUUUAACAGAUUAAUACAUGAUUGUAAGAAAGACUUUUCAUAUCUACGAUUCUCAGUUAAGAAAAGUACGAUAGUAAAGGAUAGAAAGCGUUUGGAUGUAACUUAUAUGAUAAUUGUGUGAGACAUCCGUAUAUCGUUUUGACUGGUACUUACAAAAGAAGCUAACUUCUGCCAACAUAUUAUUAUCGUUAUAAGAUUUUAAUGUAAUAUACCAUUUUUUUGUAUUGAUCUUUUCACGAAGUAUACUGCGUACAAAAUUCAUGCCGAGCGAGAUUUUAUACAUUGUAUCAGUAUUUUUUACUAUUAAAACCACAGUAUUUUAUUAUUAAA